AUGACAAGCAUUAUGACAGCUAAUUCACCAGAACUUACCAGAACAUCCAGUAUUAGAAGGGAUACUAGGAAUUCAAAAACAACACCACGAAAAUCAACUACUUCGUCACUAAAUCAGCCAUUAGAAUUCAAAAUCAAACGUUCUUCUUCAUUAUCUUCGAAUGCAACCUCAUCUUCCGAGGCUUCUGUCAAGAGAUCAAGUUCCCUAAGAAAUAGCACUAGUACGAAUAAAGGGUUGAACAUAUUUGCAGUUUCUCCUUUACCGAAUUCUGCCACAUGUGAGACUCCUACCGAAAGGAUAUCUCAUCAGCGAAAGCUUUCCAGUUAUGCCCUGCCAACAUUGACCCAGGUAUCAGAGUCUAACUUCCCGAAUGAUAAUCAAAAUCUAAGAUAUGACGUACCGUUACCGUCUCAGGACAAAUUGAUAGCUAUGGACAUUGAUGAACAAUUAAGAUAUUUAGCACUAAAAGAAAUGUGUAUUGUUGAACUAAAAGACAAUAUCAAUAAUUUGAAUAACAAGUUGAAGUACCACAACAAGGAAUUGCAUAAAUUGCGAGAGAUUAUACAGAGAUCUUUAUACAAGGAAUUGUCAUCGGAAAGUACAGCAACCAAAAAUAAUCAAUCACAAAAUAACAGACCACGACAGAAUAGUAAUCCUAGAGAUGAGGCAAUCGCAAGAACAAGAACAAGGAGACGGUCGUCUUUAUUCCAUGAUAAUCGAGAGGACCAUUUAGAUGUUUCUCCUAGCAACAGCAUAUCUAAUGCUUCUACGUCUCAGGAAUCUUCAUCAAAACUUUGGAGUGGAUUAACUAAACCUUUAGAUUUGAUACAACAAUUUGACAGCAUGUUGCAAAAUGAAUUUGAAAAGUCUUUGAUAAAUGAGCGUGACCAAAAACGCCAACUACACAGCGACAACAGAAAGCGUUUAUCACAUCAAUCAAAGUCUUCAGAGGGUUCUAUAUCAAGUAUUGGAUCUAUCACUUCACCAUUGCAAGCAAAGUCAAAAGCUUUUGAGCAGAAGAAGAGUAAUCUGAAUAAUAGAACCACUACCGAUGAUAUGUUGCAAAAUGUAUCCUCAUCCAUAUGGUCAUUUGUUAAUGAUGUCAAAAACAAUGUAUUGUCAUCUUUGAAUGAGGUGGAAAGCGAAACACGAUCGAAGCCAACGGCAAUGUACAAUUUAGAGACGGGAUCAGCAGUCGAUAUUCGAGGGCCUCGCAAAUUAGUUGCUAAUGAGUCAGAAGGUGACUCUGAUACCGAUCUACUAGAGCCAGUGGCAAGUGAUGACGAAGAUAAUCUUGAAACAUUGGAUUUAUCAAUUUAUAGAAGAUGA